AUGGCCGAAACAAACGGCACGGGCUCCGGCACGCCGCUUGGCGACUUGGGCAAUAUCUCUGCGGGCCAGGUUCGCCCCGGUGGCGCGCCGGCGCGUGUCUAUCUCAAUGAGAAGGUCGUGCCAUAUUUGCUUGACGGGAUGAAGUCCGUUGCGCGUGAGCAGCCUGCCAAUCCUCUCCGUGUGCUCGGUGAAUUCUUGCUUCAGAAGAGUAAUGAAGUGGAGGGCGAGACUAAAAAGGAAUCGGAGUAG